CUGGUUUGGAACCGAGACGGUGCAUGGCCGCGGGGACCUAUUGUGGUUGCGUCACUGGGGUUUACAACUAUACCCAACCAGACACCAAGAAUGAGAAACACGACCACGCCAGAACUACUAUAUAUUAAACAAACCUUCCACAUAAUCUCCAUACUACGUCGCUGACACAGCUAUCCUCACCUGUGAGCCGUACUCGCCAACCAUGACCACUGCUACGGUAAAAACCCGUCGGGCAUUUCGCCGGACCGACGACUACACCCCAGGCACACCGAAGUUGAAGUAUUUGGAGGAAGCCUUGCCUCCUCUCGGUCUGACAUCGGUCUUGAUAAAGAUCCAUGCCAUUUCUCUGAAUUACCGGGACGCUAACAUCGCGAACGGCGGAAAUCCCUGGCCCGUGUUACCAAAUGGCAUACUGUGCAAUGAUGCAGCAGGUGAAGUGGUCGCUACUGGCGAAAAGGUGAAGAACCUUGCUGUCGGGGACAAAGUGGCCCCUAUAAUCGACACAAAGUACAUAACCGGGCGAGAGCUAGGUCGCUCCUGGCUAGCUGCUGAUGAAGAUGGUGUAAUGGCGGACCAUGUUAUUUUUGAAGAGGAAGUUGUAGUCAAACUUCCGGAUUACCUUGAUUUUGUCAGCGCUGCGACAAUUCCUUGUGCUGGAGUUACUGCAUGGUCGGCACUAAAAGGUAUGAGUAUCGGUCAGACUGUCUUGAUUCAAGGAACUGGUGGUGUCAGUGUAUUCGCACUUAAGCUUGCUCGAGCCGCGGGCCUCCAAGUGAUCUUGACAUCCUCGAGUGAUCACAAACUGGAGAAGAUGAAGGACAAAUAUCCCAACCCACCACUGUUGACAGUCAACUAUUCCAAAAUUCCAGACUGGCAUGAGGAAGUUCUGAGGCUUACUGGUGGUGUGGGUGUUGACAUUGUGGUUGAGAAUGGCGGUACCUCAUCAUUAGUUCAGUCUAUGAAAUGUACUCGAAGGGGCGGGAUUGUUAGCCAAGUUGGGUAUCUCGGAAAGCAAAAUCCCCAAGACCUGGCUGAGCUCGUUCCGAUUGUCAUUGAUAGACGGGUUAUCCUAAGGGGCAUUAAUGCAGGAUCGAAGUAUGAUACGGAGGAUUUCUGUGCUGCCCUGUCAGCUACCAAGGUGCAACUGGACGACCUGAUUGACUCAACGUUUCCUUUUGAAAAGGCCGAGGAGGCAGUCGAGUACAUUUGGAAGGGAAAACAGGUUGGGAAGCUUGUUCUUUGUCUUUAGAGACUAGGCUUCUAGCCAUUUGUAUAGCCGGCUGCUAUCUGUAUAUACUAUAUACUUGGUAGGAUGGAGCUAGUGUAUAAACUAGACCAGGGUGUCGAUUUGGCCGAUUUAUAAGGUUUUGGUAAUAGACAGCUCGCCCUGGAUUGUCACUACAGCCACC